AAAAAGAAUUUUUAAAGUUAAAAAAAUUUGCAAAAAAAGGAAACAUCCUCAUCCGCUUUCCACUCUCCUUAAAUUGAAUCGAUAAACAAGUGGAAAGCCCAUUAGCAUUCGCAAUAAAAGAGAUAAAACCUAAACCAUAUUUUGAUUUCGAUCCCCUUUUGAACAAGAGACAGCGAUUCAUUGAGGGAGAGAGCACGAUGGGCAAAUCUUCAUCUUCCUCUAAGAAACUUAAACGCUCCUCUAAAGAAGAUCCCUCUAAGUUGCGAUCGGUGAAGAAGAAGACGAAGACGAAGAGAAGCAAAUCGAAGAAGAUUCGUCGGAUUAAAGACUCUUCUUCUGAUGAGAGUGAUUCAGAUUCUUCUUUCUACUCUUCGAGCUCUGAAGAUGAUUACAGGAGAGAGAAGAAGCGUAGGUCUAAAGUCAGCAAAAGGAAGAAGAGGUCACGCAAGAGGUAUUCUAGUAGUAGCGAGAGUGAUGAUGAUAUAAAGAAAAAGAAAAGGUCUAAGAGGAAGGACCAACGUGUAGUGACCAAGAAGAAGAGAAGUAGGAGAGAUUCGAGUUCAAGCUCCACUAGUAGUGAUGAAGGCAGUGAGAGUGAUGGAAUGAGAAUCACUAGAGAGAAAGGAAGAAGAGUUAAGGAUGCUUCAGAGGAACCUGAUGAAUGCUGGCAAGUGGAGGAUGAGAAGAAGAACUCCAAAAAGCUUAAAUCGAUUGUUGUGGUGACGUAUAAUUACGAUGAUGGUGAUGAGAGAAAGGAGGGCAUGGUGGAUGGUGAAUCUGAUGAGAAUGUGAUUGUGGAUGACCAGAGAGACGGUGAAGAUACUACCCUCUCUUCUCCUGCUCAUGACUACAGACGUAUUGGGUAUGAUGAUUUCGAGGAGUUUACUAAUUCUGAAACUAGCAAAGCUUCUCAUCCAGUUAAUAGCUUGAAAGGUGAUGACUUGGAAGCUAUUCUAAAGGAAAGAGCCUUAGAGAAUUUAAAAAGGUUCCGUGGAGAGAGCCAGAGGAAUGGAACAGUUAGCAAAGAGGUGUCUUCUGUUUCCGAAGGAGAAACUCUGCAAACCGAAUCUGAAAAAUUUGAAGAGUCACAAGAGCGCCUUGAGGGAGACAAAGAUCUUGUGGCUUCACAAGUUGUUAAUGUGAAGGAAUCUGGAACAGGGUUGGCUGAUCUUCCCUCUCAACAGUCUGGUGAUACUGUCAAGGUUAAAGCUGGUCCUGGAAUUAGCUCUUGUACAACAACCAAACGGAAGUUGAUUAGACCGGUAUUGGGACAAGAAAGUGUAAACCUGGCUAGCAGGAAAGAAGCCGCUGCAUGUCAAGAUGCUGAAGCAGAGAGCAUCAAUGGCAAGAGUUGUCCAGAAAGUUCUUUAGCUCUGGCAACAAAGAAUGUAGGUGAAAGCAUAGAACCAACAAAAGUUAGCUCUACGUCUCCUCCUCAUGAUGAUACUGAGGCAUUAGAUGAAAACAAAGGAGAGUCUCAGUCUGAACAGAGGACAAAUGAUGAGUCACAGUACGAAAAGAAAACAAUGACUGUGAUGAGGGGUGGAGAAAUGGUUCAGGUAAAGUUCCUGCCAUGCUUAGAAUAUUGAUUUCAUUGUAUUUGUUAGGUGAGUUACAAGGUCUACAUUCCUAAGAAGACUUCUUCUUUGGGAAGAAGACAACUGAGGAGGUGAAGCGAUGACAAGAAGAGAUACUACUCUAUAUCGACAUAUUUCUAUUUUUUUUUUCUAAUAGACUUGUGAUAACACCAAUUUUAAAUUAUCAUAGACUUGAAUCUUUUGAAUCCAACAAUGAAGAGUACAUUAAGUUUCAAUGUCAAAUGUAGCCUCUUACACAACUCUACUAGACUCUCUGAUCAUUAGGCAUUUUUUUUGUUAUCACGUUUUCUUUGCUAAUGUUUUAUGUUAUAGCCUC